AUGGUUGAAUUAACUGAAAUUAAAGACGAUGUCGUUCAAGUAGACGAACCACAAUUCUCCGGAAAUGAGGCCAUUGUUGAAGAAAAGGUCUCUACAACAAACAACGAUGUUGUGGAUGAUGAAGACGAAUCAGACAGUGAAUUUGAGGAUGAAUUCGACGAGAAUGAGACAUUGUUAGACAGAAUCGUUGCAUUAAAAGAUAUCGUUCCUCCAGGUAAGAGACAAACAAUUUCCAGUUUUUUUAGCUUUACUAGUUCCUUUGUGAGAAAUGCUUUUGCCAAAUCUGGAAACCUUGCUUGGACUUUGACCACUACUGCUUUAUUACUCGGUGUGCCAUUAUCUUUGUCUAUACUUGCCGAACAACAGCUUAUCGAAAUGGAAAAGACGUUUGAUUUACAAAGUGAUGCUAAUAAUAUAUUGGCUCAAGGUGAAAAAGAUGCUCCAGCAACAGUCAAUUGA